GCCACUCGAAUUAGUGCGAAGGGAAGUGCCGCCACCGACGAACACCGCGAGAUGGCAUCGCCGGCGGCGGCGGCGGCGGCGGCGGAGGCCUCUCCGCGGUCCACCCUUACCACCGCUUCUCGCCCGAGCCCUCGGCCGGCGACGGCGGGGGCGGCCGCGCCAACCAUGGGCCCCGCGCUGCUCCGCGUCGCGCGGAGCGGCGACGAGCGCCGGCUCGUGAAGGCGCUCCUCGCGGACCCGGCCGCCCCGGACGUGGAGGCCGUCGCCACCGCGGGAGGGAACACGCUCCUCCACGUGGCCGCGUCGGGAGGGCACGCGGCGCUCGCGUCGCUGCUCCUCCGCCGCGCGCCGGGCCUCCUCGCCGCGCGCAACGCGGCGCUCGACACCCCGCUCCACCUCGCCGCCCGCGCCGGGGCGCACAAGGUCGUAGCUCUCCUCGUCGCCGCGUCCUCCUCCUCCCCCGCAUCCUCCCCCUCCCCCCUGUCUAUCCGCGCCCUCACCCGCGCCACCAACAGGCGCGGCGAGACGCCGCUCCACGACGCGGUGCGUGGCGGGCACGAGGCCGCGGCGCGCGCGCUGGCCACCGCGGACCCGGGGCUCGCGGGGCUGUGCGGCGGGGCGGGGGAGUCACCCAUGUACAUGGCGGCAGCGGACGGAUCCCUUGGCAUGGUGCGCCUUCUUACAAAGACAUACAGGAACGACGACGAGGAUGAGGAAGUGCCCGUAUUGGGUUCGUGCACGGGCCGGGGCGGGCGCACGGUACUGCACGCAGCUGUGCUCACGAGCAAUGAAAUGGCACAGGGAUUGUUGCAGUGGAACCCAACACUUGUCAAAGAAGUAGAUGAUUCUGGAAGUACUCCUCUUCAUUAUGUUGCAUCUGUUGGAAAUAUUCCUGCGAUGAAGUUGUUAUUGGGAUAUGAUACUUCUGCAGCAUAUGUUCCAGAUUCAAAUGGCUUGUUUCCUGUACAUAUCGCUGCAAAAAUGGGAUAUGGUCAACUGAUCUAUGAAUUGUCAAGAUACUGCCCAGAUUGUGAUGAAAUGCUUGACAGCAAAGGAAUGAACUUCCUACAUAUUGCUGUUGAGCAUAAAAAAUGGAAAGUUGUUUGGCAUUUCUGUGGGACCCAGGAACUCGAAAGAAUGUUGAAUGUCAUGGAUUAUGAAGGGAACACAGCUCUUCAUCUUGCAAUCAAGAAUGCAGACCAGAUGAUAGUAAGCCUUCUUAUGUCAAAUAAAGCCGUGUUGCCAAAUAUAGUGAACAACAAGGGGCUCACUGCCUUGGAUCUUGCCGUGUUGGCAACUGACAAAGGAAUUAGUUAUACACUGAAUCCACAGGUCAUUAUACUUCGUUGUUUGGCGUGGACGGGAGCUGUCCUUAGUCCUCGUCGCUUGGAUCAAUUCAUAGAUGAGUUUAACAUCGGGAAAACUUCUGGAAAUGAGCUAAAGAAAUUUACCAACAUCUCGCAGAAUCUAGUUGUUGGUUCUGUGCUGAUCUCCACAGUCACAUUCGCAGCAGUUUUCACUCUGCCCGGCGGUUACAUAUCCGAUGGUCAUCCACAUGCUGGCGCCCCAAUUUUGUCGCACAGAUAUACCUUCAAGGCAUUUGUGAUGGCGAACACUCUUGCGUUCGUCGGCUCCACGUUGUCCACUAUCUGGCUCACUUAUGCUGGCUCAGAACAUGUCCAUCCACUGCUCCGAGCACUCUACAUGUUCUUCUCCGUGAUUUCGAUGGAGCAGGCGACAAGAAGCAUGGUGCUAGCAUUCGCACUGGGAGCAUAUGUUGUUCUGAGCCCAGUCAGUGAGCGGAUCGCACUAUUGGUGUGCUUGUCCACCUUCACCACCCUGUUGCUCCGCAACCCGUCCAAUUGGCAGCUAGGGUUCUUGUUCAUGCCGAUCAAGAGGCGGCUGGGGUGGAGAGGAGCUUUUCAGGCCCACUUGCCUCAGGAAACGAGGAGCCGGCUGACGGUAGGUGUUGGGUCCAAUUUUGCGAGUUUGAUCUUUUGGAGGAUGCUUGGUAUGCUGUCUACUUACAGCUUUAUCUUUCUGUUAGCAUUGCUGUGAGCUGCAAUGCGCUUCUGUGUGUGUCCGACCUGGUGUAACAUUCACAGAAGGUGAAAAGAGUUGCAUGGUGGUUCCUGUUACUCGUAAUGAUAUGCCAUAUCUUAUUCAGAAA